UCUACCACGUGAUUUUGAAACCCGGAAUAACAACAGACUUCUGGUCCCAAUCUGUCAGAAAACGUACAGAAAACACACGUGUUUAGAGCUUUACUGCAGUUCGGCAUGUUCUCUACAGAGCUGUAAUGAAGUCCGCUCUGCUUCACUUAUCGGUCCCCUUUGUGCUCUGCGUCGCCUUGGCGAACACCAGCCUGUUCGACGAAGUUGCGGUGGACUUGUCCUAUGACCAUUAUGCAGAGCAAAGGGUUGACGACCUGCCUGGUUUCCUGGCGAUGCCAUGUAAUUGUCUAGUUAACCUGGCAUAUAUCUGCGUGGGUCUGUACUGGCUGUUGUGGCACAGAGACGCGACAGAAACGGAACGGAGUCGGUACAUGAGAGAAGUGUUCGCUCUCAUGGCUGUCUUCUAUGCUCCUGUGCAGUGGACGCGCUUGGCGGUUCUCCGGCGGCCUCCCGCCGUGCUCGACCAGUGGUUCACCUUGCCGAUCUUCGCGUGGGUUCCGGUGUGGAUUAGCUAUAUAGAACGCAGACCGGCAAACUGGCGCGCGUCGCACGCGGCGGCGCUCGAACUGGUUUCUAUCCUCAGCUACAGCUUGGCGCUGGCGCACGAACGGGGCUUCGAAGGUGCGCUGGGUUGUCACGUGGCUCUCGCGUUGUAUAAGGGAGUUCGCGUGCAGCGAGAGCACGGGGACGGGCGCACGCGAGGAUAUCUGUUGCUGGCCCUGCUGUCGUGUGCGGGCUUCGUGGUACUAAAGCUGCUGGAUCACUGGCUCGCUCGGUACCGGCUCUUCCAGCGGCUCACCGGACACUUCUGGUCCAAAGUGUGCGACGUGCUCCAGUUCCACUUCAGCUUCUGUUUCCUGACUGCUCUGACACAGAGAGCUGAGGCAAAGACAGCAGCACAGCAGGAGUGAGAAACUGUCAGGGAUGAACAUGUGCGAG